AGUCAUUAUUCCAGAAGUUCUUCGAAGGUUCUAAAUCACAAGACAUCGGACAACGUUUCGAAUUUCGAAUUAAAUACAAGUGACCAAUUUCAGUUGCAUUAUCUCGACGGUUUGACGUUUCAUAUUUUUGUGAGUUUCGGUUGGUAAAAUUUGUGUGACGGAUUUAAACUUCAUUCACAGUGAAUUUCAUCUGUCUGAAAUGUCUCAGGAUACAGUAGUCGCGAUGGAUAUAUACAUGGAAUUUCUGGAGGUUGCAUUCCACAACAUUUUGUUCCACCGUAAACUCUAUCCAGAAGCCGUGUUCAAGAAAUCUAAAGUAUACGGGACAGAAGUGCACAUGAUAACUCAUCCAGAUGUCAAGACGUAUUUAAAGAAAGUAUUAAUUGGAAUUUAUGAGGCUCUCACGACUGGAGAAGAUAACGUGAAAUUCGUGAGUCUCGUGAUUUCCGAUGUUCACGAAAAACCAAUCGAGAAGUACGUUUUUAGUUUUCAAUCUGCAGCUGGCAACUCAUUCAACGAUGAUCCUUACUUCUUACAAACAGAAGAGGCUCUGCGUGCUUUUUGUCUGAAAUUAUCGACUUGCCAUACGUAUUUAAAACCAAUUCCGACCGACGCAACAUUUAAAGUGGUAGUGACAGUUCGUCAGGCUACGCACAUAGCAUUGAACGAAAAUAGGAAAUGCCAAGAAUUUCCAUGGAUUAGAAAAAGUGAGGAUAAGGCAGUUGUACCAAGAGGAAAAUUGCUACCACUACUAGAGGUUGAUACUCGCAGUCUCUCAUUAAUAUCUUACGUGAUUCAAAACAAAGAAGUGGACGCUACUGAUAAAGCUUAACAGGCUGAAAUAUUUGAACUAGACAAUGAAUUUCACGGGAUAAAAUGUUUCCAUGGCAAUUCUGAAUAGCAAGAGGUGAAAAAUUUCAUUCGACCUAGUUGCCCACGCAUCACCGACUAUUCCAAUAUCCCAAAGGCCGAUGUCCACGCACUCCAGCCGUCAUAUCGCUGAAGGCAGAUCUUCACCAAGUUUAUCGCGUCGUGUGAAAUAGUAUACCGAACAGAACCAGUUCUAGAGUGUGAUUCUCUUGGAACACCAGGAAGCCAUCGUUCCUGUCUUACUUGUGAAGGAAGCUUAAUAAAGACCUGCGCAGAGCGAGAAGGAGUGAGAGUGUGGAGUAGUACGAAGACGGGGGGAGGGGGGUAUCGCCUACUACAGAGGUCGCGUCGUGAUACCAUCCCCCACUCAAUGUAUAGAUAUACUCGCGUCGUGCAAUCAAUAAACCUCAUUUUGUCCGUUUCA